AUGGAUAUCGUAGGAACAAAAGAAGCAAAGGAAGCAGUGCCAGGAAAACAUCAUCGAGUUCUUCGAAUUUUGAUGCAGGUAGUUGGCAAGAAAAGGCACCGAGUCCUCGCAUACCGAUUUCAUCAAGUCAAGAGAAUGCCAUGCGCUUACAUUCCUUGGACUACUUCGAUGGCCUUACCGGCUUUGACGAGGUGGUCAGAAUGGAUCCAUUGUGGUCCGGACUGGACCAUCGCAUUCAGUCAAGAUGCAGAAUCUGCGAGUCUUCCCCAACAUGAUGUGCCACAACCUAUGCAAGGUUAUGCCGAUGGUUCCAUUAUGCAGCCAAAUGAUCUUCCACAUUUAGGCACUGACGGCUUUAACCAGAUGUUCAUGUUGGGUUCACAAACCCAAGGGAACUCUGAUGGUUCCAUGCAGCCGAAUGAUCUUCCGAGCCACCCACAUUUUGCUUGCUCUGACAACAAUGAUCAAUCUACUCCCACUCCAAGGCUUCCCCACCAUGCUGAGCAGCACCUUGUGCAAAACCAAGGGUGUUCAGCUACUUACUAUUCAAACAUCAAAUAUUUAACGACUUCAAGUGAUGGCAGUGAUUAUGCUUUGAAGUUUUUGUAUUAAUUUUUCAGGGUCUUCCACCUUGAACCAGCUGCUGGAUAUACCCACAAGUUCGCAAACUCCACGGCAUAUUGGUUAUCCCCCGCAGCCAAGUGACCUUGUUAGCCCC